CCCGGGUCACGUGAGGCGGUGUCACGUGACGGCACGAUGGGGACGACUCUGGACGUGCGGGUGAAGCGCGCCGGGAAGGUUUAUCGCGAUGGGGAAGUUCUUUCUGGAGUGGUGGUCAUAACCAGCAAGGACACUGUGCAGCACCAAGGGAUCUCCUUAACCAUGGAGGGCUCAGUAAAUCUGCAGCUCAGUGCCAAAAACGUGGGGGUGUUUGAGGCCUUCUGCAACACUGCCAAGCCUAUUCAGAUUAUCAACAGCACCAUUGAAAUGGUGAAACCAGGGAAGCUCCCCAGUGGCAAGACAGAAAUUCCCUUUGAAUUCCCACUGCAAAUGAAGGGCAACAAAGUUCUGUACGAGACAUACCACGGAGUCUUUGUCAAUAUCCAGUACACCCUGCGCUGUGACAUGAGACGCUCCCUGCUGGCAAAGGACCUGACCAAGACCUGUGAGUUCAUUGUCCACUCCCUGUCACAGAAAGGGAAGCUGCUGCCAAGCCCUGUGGACUUCACCAUUACUCCUGAAACUCUGCAAAAUGUUAAAGAGAGAGCCUCCCUUCCCAAAUUCCUGAUCAGAGGGCACCUGAACUCCACCAACUGUGUGAUCACACAGCCCCUGACAGGAGAGCUGGUGGUGGAGAGCGCCGAGGCGGCCGUCAAGAGCAUCGAGCUGCAGCUCGUGCGUGUGGAGACCUGUGGGUGUGCUGAGGGCUAUGCCAGGGAUGCCACAGAGAUCCAGAACAUCCAGAUCGCCGACGGCGACGUCUGCAGGGGCCUCCCCAUCCCCAUCCACAUGGUGUUCCCCAGGCUCUUCACCUGCCCCACCCUGGAAACGACCAACUUCAAAGUGGAAUUUGAAGUGAACAUCGUGGUCCUCCUGCACGAUGACCAUCUCAUCACAGAGAACUUCCCCCUGAAGCUCUGCAGGAUGUGAACACCCCCUGGAGAAGCAGGGAAGG